AUGUCAUUAGAUUUACAAGCAUCAGAAGGAAUAUCAAAAACAGAUCUAGAGAACCCAUUGACUGUUGUCAUUGUUGGUGCCUCUGGUGAUCUGGCAAAGAAAAAGACAUACCCUGCUCUCUUUGGUCUAUACUGUCGUAAUUUGUUACCAACUCACACUGUCAUUCUAGGUUAUGCUAGAUCUCACAUUGAAAUUGGUGAAUUUAGACAACAUCUUCGCAAAUAUUUAAAAGGAGAUGAAAAUCAAAAGGAACAAUUCUUGAAUAUGUGUUACUAUCAUAGUGGAUCGUAUGAUAAAAAGGAGAGUUAUGAUCAAUUUAAUUUGGAUAUUCUUGAACAAGAGAAAAAGCUUGGUCAAGAAACAAACAAUCGUCUCUUUUAUAUGGCCAUUCCACCAUCUAUCUUUGUUCAAGUUGCCAAAGGAAUUAAACAUUCUUUAAUCUCUCCUAAUGGAUGGUCAAGAGUAAUUAUUGAAAAACCAUUUGGUAAAGAUUUACAAUCAUCACGUGAAUUGAUUGGAGAAUUGAAAAAGUUGUUUGUUGAACGUGAUCUUUUCCGUAUCGAUCAUUAUCUUGGUAAAGAGAUGGAGGAUAUUGGUACCGAGGGUCGUGGUGGUUACUUUGACCAAUUUGGUAUUAUUCGUGAUGUCAUGCAAAACCAUCUUCUUCAAGUCUUGUCGUUGGUUGCCAUGGAGCCACCUCUUACACUCUCUGCCGAAGACAUUACCAACGAAAAGGUUAGACUCUUGAAAUGCAUCACUCCCAUCCAGUUGAAUGAAGUCGUUCUCGGUCAAUACACUGCUAGUCCAGAUGGAAAACAACCAGGUUAUCUCGAUGAUGCCGGUGUUCCAAAGGACAGUCUUUGUCCAACCUAUGCUGCCGCCGUCUUCCACGUCAACAAUCCACGUUGGAGAGGUAUUCCAUUCAUCCUAAAGUGUGGCAAGUCUUUGGAUCAAAGAAAGACUGAAAUCCGUAUCCAAUUCAAGAGACCUGACAACUUUUUAUUCAAAGAUGAAGAUAUCUCAAGAAAUGAAUUGGUCAUGAGAAUUCAACCAGGUGAAGCUGUCUAUCUUAAAUUAUUAAAUAAGAAACCAGGUUUGAAUAAUAAAAUUGAACAAACUGAAUUAGAUUUAUCAUAUCGUAGUAGAUUUGAAAAUUUGGAUUUACCAGAUGCUUAUGAACGUUUAAUUUUGGAUUCAAUUAAGGGAGAUCAUAGUCUUUUCGUAAGAGACGAUGAAUUGGAUGUUGCAUGGCAAAUAUUUACUCCACUUCUUCAAGAGAUUGAUAGAUUGAAAAUUGUUCCAGAAAAGUAUGAAUUUGGAAGCAGAGGUCCAAAAUCAUCUGAUGAAUUGGCUAAAAGAGUCGGUUUCCUAAGAUCAACUGGAUACAGUUGGCCAGGUCAUAACACCUAA